GGUUUGCUGGUUGAAGAUGGGAUCACAAGGAGAGAGCAGUCUGGACGUUCAUCUGUUGGGGCCCCAAUGGUUCCUGAUGUCCAUCUUGUUAACCACAGCUCUGGGCCUGGACAGCCUGCUGUGUUACUACUGUCCUCUGCAGCGCAGAGACAAAUCCUGCCCCAACAUCACAAGCGAGUGUCUGCCUAAUCAGCGCUGUUCCAGCUCCAGAGGUCACUAUGGCUCCCUCCACAUCCUGUCUGCUCAGGGCUGUGUGGACACUGAACUCUGUGGCUCCCAUGAAACUAUCUCUUAUCGGGGGGUUAAAUACACCGUCAGCCACACCUGCUGCUGCAAAGACAAAUGUAACAGCCCGCCAAAGUCUAACACCAACUUGAAGAUGUUAUUGGGGAUGACAAAAGGCAAAAAAGAUAACCCUAUCAUCACUAAUGUCCUUAUGGAGGAGCCUUUGGAUUCAUGUGCAAAUUACACAUCAUCAAGGAGCUCCACAUUAUCUGUCACUGCAUCAUAGAAAUACUUGUAGAAGGCUGGGGAGAGGUCUGUUAGCCAUAGGCACUUAACCCAAGUCCAAAAGGCAAGUAACAUUUGGUCAAAUGUUUACAUGUUUGUGUACGUGUUUUGCUAAAUGAACAUGUAAAUAAGAAAAAUGGCAUCAAGGUCAGUGUUUAGUGUGAUUUACAUUUUUGUUCCAGAGAGGAAAAGGUGGACUUAUCAGCCAUGCUCCUGGAUUAAUAGAGGAAAUGUUGACAUUAUUCGUGUGGUUACUGAUGAAUGCAGCAAAAUAAAUGCACCAUGAUUAAGCUCCAUCUUGGUGUAGUUGCUCUGUGAAGAGUUUACAAGCAGGUGUGCUGGAAGGCGUGGCCUGUGCAAGAAGAUCUGGAGUCAGUAGUGGGAUUUGUGUUCAUAAGGAGAGACUCUGAAAAGUUAUUCCUGUUAGACUGGUGUUAAAAUCUUUAAAAUGAGCAGGCUGAAUAUGUUGCAGCUCCUGCGUGUUGCUGUAUUAUGGUUUUACCUCCUCCUCCCCUCACUGCUUUGUGACAACCUGCUUUGCUACUACAGCCCCAUCCUGGAGAAGGAGAAGACAUUUGAGCUUAUUGUGACCGAAUGUCCUCCUGACGAGGUGUGCUUCAAGGCAGAUGGUCAGUAUGGCAACCACAGCGCCCUGUCUGCAAGGGGCUGCAUGUCGACAAGGGAAUGUAGCCAGGUGCACAGGAUCCGCCUCAAAGGAACUGUCUACACAAUGACCUACUCCUGCUGUCAUUCGCCGUACUGUAACUCUGGCCUGUGCAUCACAGCCAAAUCCUUCUACAUCAUAAUAACACUUGUGACUGUAGCUGUGAUGACGGGCAGCUUGUGACGAGAGACUCCUGGAUGGGCUAUGUUAGGAGCAGAUUUAGGGGUUCAUGUCAAGGGGGAAGAUGUUUAAAUGGUUCUACAACAAGUGAGCAGUGAUCUGGCAUCUCUACAGCCUCAGCAUGGAGUAAUGCAGAGAACCUGCAGAGUUACGUCGUGAAUGGCCAGUCUGAAGACACUGAGCUCUACACCAAAGUGAUGGCAGAUACGUCCACAUUUAUUACAGUAUCUUGGUAACAAAAACCUGUGUUUUAUACUAUUUAAUAUAAAUAAAUAUUGGAACAAUU